UCUUCAUUGCUCAGUUUAAUUACUUUUCUCUGAUCACUCGAAGCUUCUUCUGCUGCUUCAGGGAAAAUGAGGGAGAUCCUUCAUGUUCAGGGUGGACAAUGUGGUAACCAGAUUGGUUCCAAGUUCUGGGAGGUUGUUUGCGACGAGCAUGGAAUAGAUCCAACUGGGAAGUAUGUAGGAACUUCAGAUCUACAGUUGGAGCGUGUCAAUGUUUACUACAAUGAAGCUUCUUGUGGGAGAUUUGUUCCUCGUGCAGUGCUCAUGGAUUUGGAGCCUGGUACUAUGGACAGCGUUCGCACCGGUCCCUAUGGCCAGAUCUUCCGCCCCGAUAAUUUCGUCUUCGGACAAUCAGGCGCGGGAAACAACUGGGCUAAGGGCCAUUACACUGAAGGUGCUGAGCUCAUAGAUUCAGUUCUUGAUGUCGUAAGGAAGGAAGCCGAGAAUUGCGACUGUCUUCAAGGUUUUCAAGUUUGCCAUUCUUUGGGGGGAGGAACUGGUUCUGGAAUGGGUACUCUGCUCAUUUCCAAGAUCAGAGAGGAGUACCCUGACAGGAUGAUGCUUACAUUCUCCGUUUUCCCAUCACCAAAGGUUUCGGAUACAGUGGUUGAACCAUACAAUGCCACCCUUUCUGUUCAUCAGCUUGUUGAGAACGCAGAUGAAUGCAUGGUGUUGGAUAAUGAGGCCCUUUACGAUAUCUGCUUCAGAACUCUUAAGCUCACCACUCCUAGCUUUGGUGAUCUGAACCAUCUGAUAUCUGCAACUAUGAGUGGAGUUACCUGCUGCCUCAGGUUCCCUGGCCAGCUUAACUCCGAUCUUAGAAAGCUGGCUGUAAACUUGAUUCCCUUCCCUCGGCUACACUUCUUCAUGGUCGGAUUUGCGCCUUUGACAUCUCGUGGCUCGCAGCAGUACCGUGCGUUGACGGUCCCGGAAUUGACUCAACAAAUGUGGGAUGCGAAGAACAUGAUGUGUGCUGCUGACCCUAGACAUGGGCGGUACCUGACUGCCUCGGCCAUGUUCAGGGGCAAAAUGAGCACCAAGGAAGUGGAUGAGCAAAUGAUCAAUGUCCAGAACAAGAACUCUUCCUACUUUGUAGAGUGGAUUCCAAACAAUGUGAAGUCAAGUGUGUGUGACAUUCCCCCCAAAGGGCUUUCCAUGGCGUCCACAUUCGUCGGGAACUCGACGUCGAUCCAGGAAAUGUUCCGGAGAGUGAGUGAGCAAUUCACUGCCAUGUUUAGGAGAAAGGCUUUCUUGCAUUGGUACACAGGUGAGGGAAUGGACGAAAUGGAGUUUACCGAAGCCGAGAGCAACAUGAACGAUCUCGUCUCCGAGUACCAGCAAUACCAGGACGCCACCGCCGAUGACGAAGGCGAAUACGCCGAAGAGGACGAACCAGAGGACCACAUGUAAACUCACUCAUAUUAAAAGACUGCAAUAAUGAGGCCAUGAUCAGUAGGAAGUUGGAGUGUUCAUACAAGUUUGCAUUUAUGCAUUGGUUUCCACUGUCUGCUUGUGUCUAGUGUAUUUUUUUCUUUUUUUUAAUUUUUUUUUCAAUCUUUGCUGUCAUGGGUUGAUAUUAUUGGUUUUGUAUAAUAUUGAAGUUUUUGUAUUUUUUUUUUCUAAUUUCUAGCAGAUUCUUUACUA